AUGGAUACUCCAUCCUCCGGCACAGCGACACCCGUCGACCUGGAACACGGCGACAGCCAUAUUCGCAAACGACUCACAGUCACCUUCCGCGAUCUGAACGUUCGAGUCACUGCACCAGAUGCCGCUUUAGGAAGCACUUUAUGGUCAGAGGUGGACCCACGACAGGUUGGGACAAUUCUGAAGGAUGUUGCAGGUCAAGUCAAGCCUGGGGAAAUGCUUCUUGUGCUGGGACGCCCAGGCUCCGGAUGCACUUCCCUCCUUCGAGUGCUCUCCAAUGAUCGGGAUAGCUUCGACGAAGUCACCGGUGAAACUAAUUAUGGAAGCAUGGAUCAUAUAGCUGCGAAGAGCUUCCGCCAGCAGAUUAUGUUCAACAACGAAGACGACCUUCACUUCCCAACUCUGACCGUCAAUCGUACAAUGAAAUUUGCCCUUCGAAAUAAAAUUCCCAACGAGCGCCCAGAGCAUUUGAGAAACCGCAAAGACUUUGUGCAAAACCAGCGUGACGAUAUCCUAGAGUCACUUGGAAUUGGACACACAAAGAAAAACCUGGUAGGAAACGAGUACAUCCGAGGUGUAUCCGGAGGAGAGCGUAAACGCGUCUCUCUUGCCGAGGUUCUGGCUGGGCAAAGUCCAGUCCAAAUGUGGGACAAUCCGACCCGGGGGUUGGACUCAAAAUCGGCGGUGGAAUUUGCUCGCAUGCUCCGACGGGAAGCGGAUCGAAAUGACAAGACGAUUAUUACCACUACAUACCAAGCCGGCAAUGGUAUUUACGACCAGUUCGAUAAGGUCCUUGUUCUGGCUGAAGGUCAUGUCACUUACUAUGGUCCUCGUCGUAUGGCAAGGAAAUACUUUGAAGACCUUGGGUUCAUCUGUCCUAAGGGUGCCAAUGUCGCGGACUUCCUCACCUCAGUCACUGUUGUUACUGAACGCACAAUCCGACCCGGCUGGGAAGAGAAGGUGCCCAAUACACCCGAGGACUUCGAAAGCUGCUAUCAAAACAGUUCUAUCUGCAAAGAUCAAAUGGCCUCCAUUGUGGACCCUGAGAAGUUGAGCUACGAAGCUGAAGACCUUAAGCUUGCAGUAUCCAGUGAAAAGCGGAAGCAGCAUCUUCCUCGAAAUAGCAGUGUUUAUACGGCGAAUCUGUGGGAUCAGAUUGCCGCUUGUGCCCUGCGCCAGUUUCAGGUUAUCUGGGGCGAUAAGCUCUCGCUAUUUGUGAAGGUUGGGUCCGCUAUAAUCCAGGCCCUGGUCUGUGGAAGCUUGUUCUAUGACCUGCCGGAGGAUUCGAGCUCAAUCUUCUUGCGCCCUGGUGUUUGCUUUUUCCCUGUGUUAUAUUUCCUUCUUGAAAGUCUGUCUGAGACAACUGCAUCUUUCAUGGGCCGGCCAAUUCUUUCUCGUCAGAAGCGAUUCGGAUUCUACCGCCCUACGGCCUUCGCCAUUGCCAACGCUAUGACCGAUAUACCAGUUGUGAUGUUCCAGGUGACCUGCUUCUCGCUCAUUCUUUACUUCAUGUCUGCUCUUCAAAUGGACGCAGGAAAGUUCUUCACAUUUUGGAUCGUCGUUAUUGUGCAGACGUUGUGUUUUGUACAAAUAUUCCGAGCUAUCGGUGCCGUGUGCAAACAGUUUGGAAAUGCGUCCAAAAUAUCCGGUUUGCUUUCCACCGUCUUCUUUGUCUAUGGAGGAUAUAUUAUACCAUUCGAAAAGAUGCAUGUGUGGUUUCGAUGGAUCUUUUACCUCAACCCCGGAGCAUAUGCCUUCGAAGCACUUAUGGCCAAUGAAUUUGUUGGACGCAAAUUUACAUGCAUAGAGCCAGACUAUCUUCCGUACGGCAGUGGAUACUCCGACUCAGCGUCUGCCCACCGUGGAUGUUCUGUCCUUGGAAGCGACGAUGAAGGCAUCAUUGAUGGAGAAAAAUACAUCCGAGAGCAAUUCAAUUAUUCAGUCCACCACAUCUGGAGGAGUUUUGGUAUCCUCGUUGGAUUUUGGAUUUUCUUUAUCUUUGUGACUUCUAUCGGGCUUGAAUUCAGGAACAGCCAAAGUGGUUCAUCUGUUCUGCUUUACAGGCGUGGCAGCGAGAAAUCCCACGGAAAGGAAGGAGGACAGAAGUCGGAAUCUCCAAAACAGGCAGAUUCUGGCGCACUUUUGGGCUCGGUCAAGCAAUCAACUUUUACAUGGAAAGAUCUCGACUAUCAUGUCCCAUUCCACGGCGAGAAGAAACAGCUUUUGAACAAGGUGUUUGGAUUUGUUCAACCUGGAAACUUGGUUGCUCUUAUGGGAGCUUCUGGAGCUGGAAAAACGACAUUAUUGGAUGUGCUUGCCCAGCGCAAGGAUAGCGGAGAGAUCUAUGGAUCAGUUUUAAUUGACGGUCACCCCGUUGGAAUUAGCUUCCAGCGCACUACGGGCUACUGUGAACAGAUGGACGUGCAUCUCGAGACAGCCACCGUCAAGGAGGCAUUAGAAUUUUCGGCCGUUCUUCGCCAACCCUCAACGGUUUCACAUGAAGAAAAAAUCGCUUAUGUUGAGCAUAUAAUCGACCUUUUGGAGUUGGGUGAUAUCAGCGAAGCACUCAUUGGAGUGCCUGGAGCUGGACUCAGCAUUGAACAGCGCAAACGCGUGACCCUCGGCGUUGAGCUUGUUGCUAAGCCCACAUUGCUGUUUUUGGAUGAACCUACCUCCGGUCUUGAUGGACAAAGUGCGUUCAACAUUGUGCGCUUCCUUCGAAAACUCGUUGAUGGCGGCCAAGCCGUCUGGCAAAGACUCGACCAAAAUUUUGGACUACUUCAAUCGGAACGGAGCGCCAUGCCCCCCGAUGCAAACCCAGCAGAGCAUAUUAUUGAUGUUGUUCAAGGAGGCGGUACUACAGACAAAAAGGAUUGGGUCGAAAUCUGGAACCAGUCAGAAGAGCGCAAGCAAGCACUCUCCCAGCUUGAUGCACUUAACGAGUCUAGCAAAAAUGAUUCAGAGUAUGUUGAAGAUACUGCUGACUAUGCGACCUCGCACUGGUUCCAAUUCAAGAUGGUCUCUAAGCGUCUCAGCAUUCAUAUCUGGCGCUCACCAGACUAUAUGUGGAACAAGAUCAUUCUCCAUAUUUUCGCGGCCCUUUUCAGUGGUUUCACCUUCUGGAAGAUUGGAAAUGGCACUUUCGACCUUCAAUUGAGACUAUUUGCGAUUUUCAAUUUCAUCUUCGUCGCUCCGGGCUGCAUCAACCAGAUGCAGCCAUUUUUCCUGCACAGCCGUGAUAUUUUUGAGACUCGAGAGAAGAAGUCCAAAACCUAUCAUUGGAGCGCCUUCAUUGGAGCGCAGACUCUGACUGAAAUCCCAUAUCUCAUCAUUUGCGCCACGCUUUACUUUGCAUGCUGGUACUUCACAGCAGGUCUUCCAUUGGAGGCCAGUGUUUCUGGGCACGUGUAUCUUCAGAUGAUUUUCUAUGAGCUACUAUACACUUCCAUUGGACAGGCAAUUGCGGCGUACGCACCGAACGAGUAUUUUGCAGCUGUGAUGAACCCCGUUUUGAUCGGUGCCGGCCUGAUCAGUUUCUGUGGUGUGGUGGUUCCAUAUUCCCUCAUGCAACCAUUUUGGCGAUACUGGAUCUAUUACCUCGACCCUUUCAACUACUUGGUUGGAGGGUUGUUUGGCGAAGUGGUCUGGGAUAUCAAGGUCGAAUGUGAACCAUCGGAAUUUGUACAGUUCUCUGCGCCGUCUGGCCAGACCUGCGGCCAGUACAUGACCGAUUUCCUCGCCGCGCAGACGGGUUACCUAGCUGAUGGAAACUCGACUGGGACAUGUCUAUUCUGUCCGUACUCUGAAGGUUCUGAUUACGCGAAAACAUUCAAUCUUCAAGAGAAAUACUAUUCGUGGAGAGAUACGGGUAUUACUGCCCUUUUCUGCAUCUCGUCAUACGCCUUGGUCUUCUUUAUGAUGAAACUCCGGAGCAAGAAGACGAAAAGUGCCCGUUCUGAAUGA